AUGUCGAUCGUCUCGCUUCUGGGCGUUAAGGUUCUGAACAACCCCGCCAAGUUCACGGACAAGUACGAGUUCGAGAUCACCUUCGAGUGCUUGGAGUCCUUGGAGAAGGAUCUCGAGUGGAAGUUGACCUACGUUGGUUCUGCGACUAGUGAUCAGUACGACCAAGAGCUCGACAGUCUUCUCGUCGGGCCCGUUCCCGUCGGUGUCAACAAGUUCAUCUUCGAGGCCGAUGCGCCCAACACUUCCAGAAUUCCCGACGCCGACAUUCUGGGUGUCACUGUGAUCCUCCUGACCUGCGCUUACGACGGUCGCGAGUUCGUUCGCGUUGGCUACUAUGUCAACAACGAGUACGACUCUGAGGAGCUCAACGCCGAGCCCCCCUCCAAGCCCAUCAUCGAGCGAGUCAAGCGCAACGUUCUCGCUGAGAAGCCUCGUGUGACCCGCUUCGCGAUCAAGUGGGACAACGAUGCCGCUGCCCCCGCCGAGUUUCCCCCUGAGCAGCCCGAGGCUGACCUCGUGCCUGACGAGGAUGAGUACGGUGCUGAGGAGCGUGACGAGGAGGAAGAGGCCGAGGCUAGUGGUGCCAACGGCGAGAAGCCCGCCGGUGAGGAUCUCGAGAUGGCCGGUGUCGAGAACGGCGAGGGUGAGGCCGUUCCUGCGGAGGAGGACGAGAUGUCGGAUGACGGCAGUGUUGAUAUCGAGGGCGAGAGCGAGGACGAGCUGGAGGAGGAGGGCGAGGGCGAGGGCGAGGGCGAGGCUGAGGCUGCCGAUGACGACGCCAUGGACGUCGACACCGGUGACAAGCCCGUCGCUGUUGCCGGCAAGGCCUAG